AUGUUCACUGUUUGUAAAUUAUGGGAGUCUAUCUCUAGAUGGGAUACCAUCGAGACCUUGCACCUUGUCAACCUUGAUUUGGAUUGCUCUGGACAUUUACAUGAGCCGGGAUAUGUGGACAGCUUGAUCCUGGAGGAAAUGCCAGCACACGUCAUCGACUAUCUGUUUUCUGUUGUGGAUCAGACGUACUACCAAUACCUAGAAAUCACACGCAGUGCGCUGCCCGUGGUUACCAAGUUCACAGAAGCGGAUACUCUCGCGCUGAAUGAGAUCGACGCAGAAACGAGUUUUCUGGAUGUAUUCUCCAUGCUGAGUGCCACGAAAAUCACCUUUUCUCGGUGUGCUGGCCUUGACGACGCAUUUCUUGAGAUAAUGUCGGCUCCGUAUGAUGACGGGUGGCUAAGUCCUCAUCUGAUCAGCCUCACCAUUCAUGACUGUCUGAACUUUUCCAACGAUGCUCUCAGGCAGCUAAUUGAAAAUCGAAAGGAAGCAUACAGGCAAGCAAUAGGCAAUGAUUUGUAUAAGAUUAUCUCAAUCCAGCUUCUGAAUACGGACAAGCCCGUUCAGCUAGGACGUCCAUAUUAA